UUCAGUUUUCCCACACUUCUUUCCUAAUUAUUGUCCUGCAGGACAGCUGAUCUUUUUCAAACAGGAAGCUGUUUACAGAUAACACUUGCAACUGUUUUGUCUGAUUUGUUGAACUGUCGAAAAGAAAAAGACAACCUCUUUUCAAAUUAAAAACUGUCAGACUUCUGUAAACAGCAGCAAUGAGGUUCAUCUGUGCAGUGUCCCUGCAGGCACAGAGCGUUGUGCAGUUCCCAUUCUCACAGCAGCCAUAAGGAGUCAGUGACCUGUAAGUGCUCAUUAUGAAGAGAGAUCUGGUUUUCUUGGUGACUCUAAUUAGCCUUGCCUUCCUGUCACUGCUAAGAUCUGGAUAUCCUCAACACAUUGCAGAGGAGUCCUGCUCUGUUCAGAUUCUUGUUCCAGGCCUCAAAGGGGAGGCUGGAGAAAAGGGGGAGAAAGGUGCUCCAGGUCGUCCAGGCAGAGUUGGACCUCCAGGAGAAAAAGGAGAAAUGGGGGACAAAGGACAGAAAGGCAGCAUAGGACGUCAUGGAAAAAUUGGUCCUAUUGGUUCAAAAGGUGAAAAAGGAGAUAAUGGUGACAUAGGACCACCAGGUCCAAAUGGUGACCCAGGCAUCCCUUGUGAGUGCAGUCAGCUAAGGAAGGCUAUUGGUGAAAUGGAUAUUCAAGUAGCCCAGCUGAUGACAGAACUAAAAUUCAUAAAAAAUGCUGUCGCCGGCGUGCGCGAGACCGACAACAAGAUCUACCUGCUGGUCAAGGAGGAGAAGAGGUACAAGGAGGCCCAGCUGUACUGCCACGGGCGAGGAGGGACGCUGAGCAUGCCCAAGGACGAGACUGCCAACAGCCUCAUUGCCUCAUACAUCAACCAAGCUGGGCUCACCAGGGUCUUCAUUGGGAUUAACGACCUGGAGAAGGAGGGGAAUUUCGUCUACUCCGACCGGUCGCCCAUGCAGACCUUCAACAAAUGGCGCAGCGGGGAGCCCAACAACGCCUACGACGAGGAGGACUGUGUGGAGAUGGUGGCCUCCGGGGGCUGGAAUGAUGUUGCCUGUCACAUUACCAUGUAUUUCGUGUGCGAGUUCGACAAAGAGAAUGUCUAGGCUGCUCUGCUCUUUCUCUGUUUUAAGAAAAAUGUUUAAGAUGAUGGUACAAGUUACUUCAUGUUUAUAGAGAACAAGUGAAGUUUUGCAAGUAUGCGGCGUGGGAGUUGUACAGCUGUAAAUACAGUUUAGGUAUUUCAAAUAUCAGAAUUUACCCUUCAGAAGGGAAGAGCAGUAAUAAGGCAUAGCUUGGUUGGCUUUUUUAUUUGUAGGAAAAUAUAUUUGUUUAGAUAAAAAUGUGCUUUGGGGCUAAAUUUUGCCCUUACAACAGUUAACAACUGUGAUUGCCUGACUGUAAGGGAAGGCAGAAUUAGGCCUCUAGUUGUUAGAAUGGUAAGAAUUAGAUUCCUGAUAUUCUUUUAUCUUAGUAAAAUUUGUAGUUAUAAAAGCUAAUAACUUGUAGUGCUACAGGGAUAUUUUGGCAACAAGACAUAUUUUGUAUACUCCAGUUAAUAAGUACAAAUAUUAGUCAGUUUUUUGAAUGUUACAACAUUUGUUGUUGUUUUUUUUUUUUAAACUGUCCAAAGCAAACCAAAAGUCAAGAUUCCUACCAAUUUUGUAAUGUUUCUUCAUUAAACUGUUCACAGAUGUAUGACCAAAAAGCAUUUAAGUAAACUGAAUUUUAGUGCUGUGGGAGGAAAAAGUUUAGUGAAAGGUGUCCCGGCCCAUGACAGGGGCUUGGAACUAAGUAACCUUUAAAGUCUCUUCCACCCCAAACUAUUCUGAUUCGAUGAUUCUAUGCUAUGAAAAUUCUUAUAAUUUAUUACUUAUAAUUUAGUACUAAGAGGGUUUCAUCCAGAUGGUGUUUUGGGGUUGGCUAAAUGUAAAAGUAACAAUUUGAUUUUCUUCAUUCCUCAGUUGAAAAUGAUUCAGUGCGUGAAGUAUUUCAGGGCCUAAAUAAUUUCUUAAAUUAAAUGUUUCACAUUUCUUUAAGAUAAACUUGGUGCAUCUUGUUACAAACAAGCAAAAUUACCAGCCCUCCACAAUUUAAGGCAGACUUCAUAUAUAUGCAAUAAGCUUGUGAAAACACAUUAGGGAUCAGUUGCUUUUAGUAAAAAAACAGCUUACAUGUUUACACAGAUUGUUAAAACAAUCCCCUGAAAAGCAGAAAAGUUUCCAAAAUUUUCCUGUGUAUAUAGCAGUAAUAAAUAACUUUGCACAAAUAGUUUAUGUACCAAACUUACAAUUGCAUGUGAUGGAAAAAGGGAUGUAUAUUUAAAAAAACCCCAGCAUAAUUUCACAAAAUAAAUGAUGAAUUACUUUAAAUCUUCCCAGGAGUCUGUUGCAUGCCACCUCAUCUCACUGUUAGGCUUAGGAAAAACAAAAAAAAAAGUAAAAUCUCUAACAGUGCUUCUUUAGGAAUACCUUGCACAGUGUUUUAAGAUAAUUUUUAAGGAUAAAUAAUCCUUGCAUAACAUUCUGGUCAAAAUGCAUAUCUGAUCAUUAUGGCAGAUUGGUGUAUAGGGUAUCCACAGUGGGUUUGACAUAUGGUCUCAGAGAUUUCAUUACAGCAAGGAAACCAACUCAUAAACUCUGCUGUGCUGCAACAUGUAAACAAUCAACAGCCAUAUAAUGUUGUUCAUAUCCACAGACACUGAUAUUAUUUGAUUUAUAUACCUAUGAGAACAAACUGUUUUGUUUGAUAUAUUUACUCUGUAAAUCUCACUCAUUUAUAUAUAUGUUUGCUAUUAAUUUUGAAGAUUAGUAGCAGUACUAUAGUAUCCUAUAGUAUCUGAUUAUCAGCCCAGCUCCAGAGAAAUCACUCAAAAUGAAUGGGUCCUUUGAUUGCUUUCUUUUCUUUUAAUAAAAAUAGGUAUG